AUGCUGGUCGUGCGUCUCCCUGCAUCGGAGGCAGUGGAGCCGCCGCCCGUGGCUGAUGGAGCAUCGGGGCAUCGGAGCGCACACCGCGCCUUUACACGGAGCAGCACUGUUGGUUCUGAAAAGAGUCGUGCCCCCCCGCCUGCGCCCACCCUUGGGCAUGGCAAGCUGUCCUAUGAGGUUCCGGCGCCGAGCUCGCUGCCAGCAUAUGCGCGCGAGUCUGACAAUACGGAGCGGGACCUUGGGCGCCUGUACAAGUCUCUGUGGGAGGCGCGGCGCAUUGCCGUGGUAUGUGGUGCUGGCGUAUCCGUCUCGCCGCCGGCCAACAUCCCCGAUUUUCGGUCGGCGACCGGUCUGUUUGCGCGGCUCAAGGAUCGGUUUCCGCAUGCAGGCCUCACGAGUGGCAAGGAUCUAUUUGAUGCGCGUUUAUUUCAGUCUGAGACGUCUACGGCGCUAUUCUACUCGAUGAUGGCCGAGCUCAAGGACAUGGCUGAUGCGGCGCAGCCGACACUGUUCCACCAUUGGCUCAAACGCCUCGACUCGGAGGGCCGACUCCAGCGUGUGUACACGCAAAACAUUGAUGGCCUGGAAGAAAAGGCGGGUCUCACGCUGGGCGUCGGCUCCGGCGAAGCGCUCGCCUCGGGAUCAAAGCGCAAGCGCGCGGGACGCUCGUGGCAGCGCUCACAGUCGGACUCGGCCGUGCCGUCUGCGUCCCGCGGUGAGACGCCUGCCCCCCAGCCUCUAUUUCCCCGAGCAAUUCCACUGCAUGGACACUUGUCGAGCCUCUCUUGCAUGCUGUGCUCCCAUUCGCAGACGCUAGACGCCGCUCAUGAUGUGCGUGCGAGGGACGCCCUUGAGACGUUGCGGCGCGGCGAUCCCGUGUGGUGCGACAGGUGUGCGACGGCCGACGAGCUGCGUACGAGUGCAGGUCUGCGGUCGCGCGGUGUCGGCCGGAUGAAGAUCAAUGUGGUGCUGUACCAUGGCGAGAACGACACGGCCGAGCAUGUCGGGGCGUGUGUGGAGCGAGACCUGCUCGGCCUGCGCGACCCGCAAGAGCCCGAUGUGCCAGAGACACCCGCGGAGGCGCGUGCGCGAGAGCGGCGCAUGCGCGCGGCACUACCGGAGAUGCCGGUCGUGGAAGAGGGCAAGGACGAAGUGGGCGACUUGUCCAUGUCCGCUGGCGAUGUCCGCGUGGACGACGCGCUGGCUUCGGCGUUUGCGGAGGACGAGAAACCAGCGCCAGAGGCGCCCGCACCGCCUGUAGAGCCGGUCAAGCCGCGGCGGCGCAAGCCGAUGCCCCCCGACCUGCUUGUCGUGGCAGGCACGAGUCUCAAGGUCCCAGGGACGAAGCGCAUUGUGCGCGAGUUUGCCAAGGCGUGCCGGGCGCGCGAUGCAGGCAAAGCGCAUGCGCCUGUGCGUGUGGUGUAUAUGAACUACGACUUUCCUUCCGCGGCGAGCGAGUGGGCCGGCGUGUUUGACAUAUGGGUCCAGGGCGAUGUCCAGCGCACCGCUCUCGGCCUGUGCGAGCCGUGGCCGCACCGUCCACACGCGGACCCGGCGAUGGAGUCGCUCGUUGCGCAGCACACAUGGCAGGCACUUGCUGCUGCGCAUGACGAGCGCAAGCCGCGCGCCGACGGCACGUUGCGCCUUAAAUCGAGCAAGCUGAGCACGGCGCUGCGGAGCGCCGGCAAACCGGCGCGCCGUGCUCGUGCGCCGGCGGCGCGUAGGUAG